AUGGUUGCGGUUGAUAUACUCAAAUUUCCAAUCUCGUCGCCAGCAGACACGACGCCGCUGGACAGGCUAGUCGAGUCCGGUUAUAAAUCAUCGCAAAUUCUGGCUGUGGUGGGAAAGACUGAAGGAAAUGGCUGCGUCAACGACUUCUCGCGGACACUGGCCUCUACGGUGUGGGAACCUAAAGUGCCUGCGGACGCCGUGACCAUCUUCUCGGGCGGCACUGAAGGCGUCUUAUGCCCGCACGUCACGUUUAUUGUGCGAGCUGAAGACACAUCUUCGAACAACCCGUCAUACACCGGCCUCGUCGCGUCCGUUGGGCACACGCGAGCCCUCCAUCCGCACGAGAUUGGCACGCCAGACCAUGCGCGGACGGUCGCUGCAACCAUCGAAAGCAUGAUGGCGGAUGAUCUGUCUGUCCGCCCCGAGGAUGUAGUGCUAGUCCUGAUCAAGUGUCCGCUUCUCACCUCUGCCAAGGUUGAAGCAGUACGUGCCACAGGUAAAGAGCCCAUCACCACCGACACAUACGAAUCUAUGGCUAGGUCGCGGUACGCCUGUGCCGUGGGCAUCGCGGCUGCGCUGGGCGAGAUCCCCAACACGCAGAUCGACUCGGCCCUGCAGCCAGCCAAAGCGUCAGGCUCGGGCAGCGUAUGGAGCGCCAAAGCUAGCUGCAGCAGUGGUGCAGAGCUAGAAGACAACCAUAUCAUGAUCCUAGCCAAAGACCUGGCGGUCUCUGAUGUGGGAUCGACAGGACCUCAGCUCAGGGCCGUCUCGCGGCCAAUGAAAGAUGCUAUCGACGCAGAUGCUAUACUCGAUCUACUCUCCCAAGUAAAGCAAGAUGGAGGGAAGGUCGUACAGGUGUUUGCUAAAGCUGAAGCCGAUCCGUAUGGCACUGUCAGGGGCAACAGACACACGAUGAAUACGGACAGCGACAUCCACAGUACCCGCCACGCGCGAGCAGCUGUUGGAGGCCUGCUGGCUGGUCUCGUCGGCGACACUCUUCUCUACGUCUCGGGAGGUGCAGAGGGACAAGGUCCCGCGGGCGGAGGCAGCCUAUGUGUCGUGUAUACGAUUCGCUCAGAGGCGACGAGUCACGAGCAGAGUCUUCCAGAUCGCGAAUUAUCAAAGACAUAG